AUGGAGAACGUGGUGGAAUGUGACAAGUGCGUGUGUGUGAGCGGAGCCACGCUCGAUGUGCUGAAUGAGGUGCAGCGAGCGUAUGAACACCGGCUGGAGCUGGUCGAGAGGGUCGGGGGAGCGGAUAAAGUGCAAGUAAGGCUAUUUUUCGUGCUUUCAUAUAAUGUGUGUAUGCAGAUGCAGUCGCGUGUGUUGAGGUCGUGGGUGAGCGACCUGGUGGCGCAGAACGCACUCCUCGUCCGGGCUGUUGAGGAAUUAGAGCGAGAAAGCACUAGUCGGGCCGAGACCGAGCGGCGGAGGCACGCUGAGAGCUACAAUGGCAUGGAAACACAGGAUAAGAAUCUUGAGUUGUCAUUAGUCAACGAAUCGCUACAGAACGACGUAACAGCGAAAGACAGGGAGAUCAAAAGUUUGAAGAAGGACCUGCAGCAAUACGAAAAGUCGAUGGCCAGGGUGAGGGGCGAGGGAAAGCCCAAUGUUCAAAUGAAAGAUGCCGAGGUGAUGGCCGGCAUGUGCUGCACGGGAGCCGAGUGCGGCGACCUGGUGCCGGUGCAGGACAUCGAGGUGCUGGUGCGCGAGGAGGCCGGCAAGUACCGCGAGCGCAUUCGCAACAUGGAGAUCAGCCUGCAGUCGAGCGGCGUGAAGCUGCGCGCCGUGCACAAGCUCAACCUCGGGCUGAUUGAGGAGCUGAGCUCGCUGCGGCGGCUGGUUGUGGCCGUCGACGUGGAGCGCCGAGACGCCCGGGUGAAGCUCGACUUGCAGAGGACCAUCGUGAGGCAGAUGGUGCGACAGCUGCGUCAGGCCAAGGCUCAGUUGAAGAAGAAAGAGCUUUCUGACUACUCCACCAAGUCUGACUUCGUGAGCGGAGACAACUUCGGUCAACCGAUGUCGCACGCGUCGCUCCCCGCGGUCGCGGCGCCCUGCACCAGGCAACCGCGACCGCGGCGUCGCGACGUCCCUCCCCCACCCCCACCCCCACCCCCUCCCGCUGACAACCCGCACCCCCUCACCGACCAGCUCGACUCCAGCGGGGAUUUUCGCCCCUUUCAUGAGGACCAUGUUUGUGUGUGCGCGUGCGUCGUGACUUCCACGCCGAACGGCACCAUUGAGCUGCCCGACGAGUCGCAAUUUUCAAUGAUACCACCUCGGAUACAAUCUCCUAUAACGAUAUCCGACGAUGAUUCAGAAGCUAACGAGGUGUUACUUGCAUGUGACUGUGAUGACCAUCAGGCAGCUGCCACCAACGUCCACGAACAGACCACGUUGAGGCUCGACACCCCAGACCACACACAAACUCAACUCAAUCACAGUCUUGAUCUAACACUAGAAUCCAGUACCAGAAAUCAAAAUGGACAUCCGCUUUGGCGGUGCUCGUGGGCUCGGCAGUGUGUUCGCGGACGGCGCGGCGUGUGUGGUGUGACGUGUGUUGAGUCGUGUGAUGAGUACGUGUGCGUGUUUAUGUUGAUUGUUGUGAUGAUGACGAUGAUGUUCAAUGGGCUGGCGUGUGUGGAUUCAGACAAUAGUGACUUUACUAAAGACAGCGGCGGCGGCGGCGGCGGCGGCGGGUCGAGCUGCGCGGGCGCAUGCGAGCGCUACUACCGCGACAAGCUCAUCGCGACGCUACAGAUUUUGGAGAACAAGGAGGAGACGAUACGUGUACAAGGCUCAAGUCUGGGCGUCGCAGAAGGCCGCAUCGCCGAGUUAACGAAGCGGGCAAGCGAACUACGGCAGGAGUUGGACCACAAGGCGCAAGAGUUGAGCCAGCUGCGGCAGUUCGCAGAGAGCUGCCGGGUUGACAAGAGUGAUGUCAGCAUCAGCGCCGAAAUUAAGGAAGUGGAAGGGCAGAGGCAGCUGGUGCAGACCCUGGAAGACAACCUGGCGGUCGUCACCGAGCUGUACCGCGAAUGUUUUUACGAUGCGGCCAAGCAAGAAGAGUUGAUUGACAUGCUCAGAAAGUCGUAUUUGGACGUCCGGUUGAUGGAGAAGGCCAAGACGGACAAAAUCACGAAGCUACAUAAUAUCAUAAACACGCAGAAGAGGUCCAUCGAACAAUGCCAGGACGUGGUUAUGGAAGUGGAGAGCUUAAAGUCAGAGAUCUCCAGCUUUUUGAACAGCUCUAACAACGAUUCGGGCAUGUGGGAGCGAGGGUCGGAGAGUCCAGAUGUCGGGGAGGAGCUCGCAGACAUCCUGGACCAGCUGCGGCAACUGCAACACAUGCUUACUACUGAUUGUACGUGCGGUCUACAGGAAGAAAACUCGUCGUUGAAAGAAAGAAACAGAAUUUUAGAGGCUGAACUAGAGCAAAUUAGGCAAAGAAAUAAAGAUCUCGAUGAGUCCUUGCGGCAUAUACUAAGUCAGCAGCAUGAAAAACAAAUGAAAGAAAAGGAACGAGAGACUGAGGAAGCGGUGAAAAAGUUGGCAGAGGUGGAAAAUAUUUGUAAAGAACGAGGCGAAGCUUGCGAGACCCUCAAGAGGCAGUUACAACAGGCACAAGUACUGUUGGAUGACAAGACAGCAGAGCUGUUGGAGGCACAGAAGACGAGCGCCGCAAAGGACGUUACCAUCAGGGGCCUUCAUCAAAACCUUGAGCAUUCUGAGAAGCUUGUCCAAGAGGGAUUGAUGAAAUUAUCGGAAGUAGCUAAGUCGCGGUCGGAGUUACUGUUGAAGAGUCAGGCCACUAUCUCAGAGCUGGAGCAGCGACUGAAGCAUUCCGUGCGGCGCUGCCGAGAACUGGAGGCCGGGUGCAGAGAGCGAGAGCGCUCAACGUUAGAACUACAAGCGUGUCUAGAGGAGGCACAAGCUCGAGGAGCACGGCUAUGUGAAGAGUCGCGGCGCGUGACUGCCGGUGUCCGGCAGUGGAUGAGGGAGAAGAAACAACAGACCAGAGAACAACAAGACAAAAUUAAAAUGCAGAAAUUAAGAAUUCGGGAAUUGGAAUGUUGUGUUCGAACGCGACAAAACGAUCUCACGAGCCAGAGCGAGACAGAACCAAGUAGCAGCGUGUCACAGUGUGAAAGCGGGACGUAUCGCCGCAGACUCAGGCCCACGUGUAGCAGCGAGAUAAACGCGCCUAGCGGCUCCCUAGCGGGCUGCGUAGCAAGGGAGAACGAGACAGCUAGUUGUUCCAAGUGCGUGUCGAAUAGGCAGCAGGAGAGCGGAAGCGAGAUGGCAAGCUGUUCACGAGCUCCCGUGCCGCCGACAAGAAAGAAGAGGCAGCAGUCUUGCAAUGACUUUAACUGUCCUACCUCAAGACCAUCACGCGAUCGCUUCGAGCCCUCCAGCCACCCGGACGUCCGAUGGACCCGUCUGUACAGUCGGCUCCCCCGGCAGCUAUCUCCCGGCGAACGCGCGGAGUACAGGCGGCCGCGGCGGCAGGUGACCGCGGACGAGCUGCUGCAGCGCGUGGAGCACUUGCACACCGGGUUGGUUGACGGCCAGAGGCGCUGGGGCAGGCACCGACAGUGAUAGAAGAUAUUGUUUACUUGCUCUACAGCAUUUCUAGAACGUUAUCAUGAAAACGCAAUACGAUUUUAUAGCUCAAUUACUAAUAUUACCUUGAUACCGUUCGAGAAAUGGGUUUCCCAGCUUCUGAUUGUACAGCAGGCAUAGACGGUGAUUAUAAAUAUUAAAUGCCUUAACACACAAUCACCAUGUAUCAAUACGAAAAACAGUGGAUACACCAUUCGAGGAAUGGGCCUUAGGAUAGGCUUUACCAUUUUUAACUUGAAAGUUAAAAGCAAAUGGGUGACUAUCGUUACCAUAAUGAUAAUUUACCCAUAGUUUCCGAUAUUGUACAAGACAGGGCUCGGAACCGGUAUUUUUAAAAAACCCCGAAAUAGUCCAAUAUUUUGAAUUAUUUUAUGCUCAUUACGUAGGACUGAAUCAUGUAUUUAGGAAACAAUUUUGCAUUAUUAAAACGUCCCAUUAAAAAUGAAAUUAUAAACAAAAGAACGAAAAAGAACGUAAUAAUACCGGUAUUUUUGUAUGGAGCAAAUACCGGUUUCCGACCCCUGGUACAAGACUUAACUUUUCCGAUGCAUUUAUUUUUAGUACUUACUACUUACUUGCGGUUGAUAUGAUUUAUUGUCUCUACAUAUUACCCUUUACACGCGAAUGACUCCUAUAUUGGUCAUAAUUUGACACGACGAAUGGUUAGGUGGUAUUUAUUAAAAUGUUUGACGUGUGUAUAUAAAUGUAUUUACAGGUUUGAGUUAAAUAUUUAGAUUGUGACCAUUGUAUUAGUCGACGAGCAGUGAAAAGGUUAUC